ACACAGUACCAGUUUGAGUAUGAUGGAAGUUAAGUUAUUUUGUACGAUUUUAAUUUUAAUUUUUGUUCAGCAAUCGAUAUGUAAGCAACAAUAUAACGGGUAUACAGUCUACGGAGUGACACUUCGAGACCAAAAUGACAUUGAAUUUAUUCGAAACCUAGAAGCAGAACUAAGCCUGGAUCUCUGGCAGACUGGAAUGGUAGGCAUACGCGAUGCUUACUUAAUGGUGAAACCAGAGUAUGGGGAUCAUUUUAAGCAAAGACUAGACGAACGAGGAAUGAAACAUUAUCUACAUGUCGACAAUGUUCAAAGAUCCUUGGAUAAAUUUGAACGGGAUUUCACUAAUUGGAAACGCAGAAGGGAAAGUACAGCGAUAUACAAUACCUACGCACGAUACGAUGAGAUUGACGCCUACAUGGAGAGAUUGGGAAGCGAGUAUCCUGAUUUAGUAACAGUCGUCAACGCUGGACCAAGCUUCGACGGACGUCCUGUAAAAUAUGUAAAGAUAUCAACAACAAACUUCAUGGACACCUCAAAGCCGAUUUAUUUUAUGGACGCAGCCAUGCACUCCAGAGAAUGGGUGACACCUCCAGUGGCUCUGUACUCCAUGCACCGAUUAGUUGAAGAUCUUCGUGAGGAAGAUCGCGAUCUCCUGGAGAAUAUAGACUGGAUUAUCAUGCCGGUCGCAAACCCUGAUGGUUAUGAAUAUUCUCAUACUGAUGAUCGAAUGUGGCGGCGCUCCCGAUCGUUCAACGCGACAGUCAGUACAGUUUGUUACGGUGCUGACAUCAACAGAAACUUUGAUUUCGAAUUCGGUACAGUUAGCGUGUCAAGCGAUCCCUGCUCUCAAAUCUACCCAGGGCCGUACCCUUUUUCUGAAAUCGAAUCAAGAUACUUAAGCAAUAUUAUGAAUGAAUAUCUUGACCGGAUGGAGAUCUACCAAAACAUACACAGCUAUGGCAGCUAUAUACUCUAUGGAUUUGAUAACGAGACACUUCCUGCUAACGUUGCUCAAAUACAUUUGGUAGGCGCUGCAAUGGGAGCGAAAAUAGAUGCUUUGAAGAUGUCAGAUGCCGUAUACUAUGCCGUUGGUAAUAGUAAUUUUGUAUUGUAUCCUGCUUCCGGAACUGCCCAAGACUAUGCACAGGACAAAGGCAUUCCGUUUGUGUACACACUGGAGCUGCCUGACUUCGGCAGAUAUGACUUUUUGGUGCCGCCAGAAUAUAUCGAACAAAUUAACACUGAGACAUGGGCCGGGCUGGCGGAGACAGCGCGACUGGCACGACUCUUUUACAGAGAUCGAUCCUAGUGAAAUUGUACAUUUUAAAAUGUCUAUCUAAUUUGUUAUUCUAGUUAAUUUAGUUAUAUAAUUUCAAAUAAAAAUAAAAAUACUAA